UAUUCAAGUUCACACAGAUCGUUCCCUUCUUCUCUGUCCGAAGCCAGACAGUAACAACCAUACAGCGAUCACGACUGAACGAUCCAAAAGAAGUCAAUCAUGUCCGAGAAACUGCCCUUCAAAGUUGCUGACAUCAGCCUGGCGGAAUGGGGCCGCAAAGCCAUCGACAUUGCAGAGAACGAGAUGCCCGGCCUGAUGAAGAUGAGGGAGAUGUACGGCCAGUCCAAGCCCCUGAAGGGCGCCCGCAUCGCAGGCUGCCUCCACAUGACCCUGCAGACCGCCGUGCUCAUUGAGACCCUCACUGCCCUCGGAGCAGAGGUUCAAUGGUCCAGCUGCAACAUCUUCUCCACUCAGGACCACGCUGCUUCAGCCAUUGCCAAAACUGGGGUUCCAGUGUACGCCUGGAAGGGCAUGACUGACGAGGAGUAUGUGUGGUGCAUCGAGCAGACCAUCUACUGGAAGGACGGCCAGCCCCUCAACAUGAUCCUGGACGACGGCGGUGACCUCACCAACAUGGUCCACAAGAAGUACCCCAAACUGCUGUCAGGAAUCAAGGGUGUGUCUGAGGAGACCACCACCGGGGUACACAACCUGUACAAGAUGAUGAAGAACGGCGACCUCAAGAUCCCAGCCAUCAACGUCAACGACUCCGUUACCAAGAGCAAGUUUGACAACCUGUACGGCUGCAGAGAGUCCCUGAUUGAUGGGAUCAAGCGGGCCACAGACGUGAUGAUCGCUGGGAAGGUGGCGGUUGUUGCCGGAUACGGUGACGUUGGCAAGGGCUGUGUUCAGGCCCUCCGUGGGUUCGGUGCGCGAGUCAUCGUCACAGAGGUGGACCCCAUCAACGCUCUGCAGGCUGCCAUGGAGGGAUACGAAGUCACCACCAUGGAGGAGGCUUGCAAGGAGGGAAACAUAUUUGUGACCACCACCGGCUGUGAGGACAUACUUUUGGGCAAACACUUUGAGCACAUGAAAGACGACUCCAUCGUUUGCAACAUCGGCCACUUCGACUGUGAGAUAGACAUGAACUGGCUCAAUGCCAACGCAGCCGAGAAGAUAAACAUCAAGCCACAGGUGGACCGCUACCGCAUGAAGAGCGGCCGCCACAUCAUCGUGCUGGCUGAGGGCAGAUUGGUCAAUCUGGGCUGUGCCAUGGGUCACCCCAGCUUUGUUAUGAGCAACUCCUUCACCAACCAGGUGUUGGCCCAGAUUGAGCUGUGGAAGAACACCAGCAAGUACCCCCUGGGAGUCUACUUCCUGCCCAAGAAGCUGGAUGAGGAGGUGGCUGCUGCCCAUCUUGACAAGCUCGGCGUCAAGCUGACCAAGCUUUCGGAUAAGCAGGCCAAAUACCUGGGACUGCCCCGCGAAGGACCCUUCAAGCCUGACCAUUACCGCUAUUGAGAAAUGUCAGGAAGGUGGCCAAGCAACGGCCCAGACUCAUGGUGGGGUCUGACUGGUGGUAUUGUGGCGCAUGGACACGUGGGUUUGGGUAGGCGAAGAUUCCCAGGAGUCUUCUGGAGGCUAGGACAUUUUUGCUAAUGCUCUGCUUCAACUGCCUUUUUAAACUGUCUUGCCCACUGUAUACACACCUUUAGAUUCCAACCAGAGCUCCUUCGCCUUUCAAGUAACAAGUGCUUAGUGGCUUCUAAAGGCACCAUUCUUCUUAUAAAUUGCAUUCCCUCUUUGAUCAUGGAAAAAAACCUGAUGCUUUUAGUUGAAAAUCCCCAUACUAUUCAGGUUUUUAUAUAUACUGUAGCUAAUAAGGCAGUAAGUGCUGGUUUCAUAUCAUUGUCUUAAGGAGAAACUCCAAAGUACCACCAAAGCAGUUCUUGCCUGGCUUAAAGAACAAUUACUCAGUUUCCCCAUUUGCUUAUUUUGUAAGUCUAGGAUUCUGGCUGAAGGGACAGAAAACGUCUAAGUGCUUUCCUGUUCUGUUUUCUUAGCUGAACUGAGAUGGAAUGGGGUGUGGUCAGGUCGAAACUAUACUGCCAUGUUUAACGGUUACAUUGUUUAUCCCAAGUGUUGCAUUUCCUACAGUACUUGCACUAUUGUGAAAUGUGAUGCAAUAAAGAUCACAUUUUA